AUGAGUUUUAUAGUUAAUGGCACAGAAAAUACAAAAAAUAGCCCUGUCCACGCUUUGUAGCAAGAAAAUCGUAGGAGAAAUUCAUCAGAAAUAAAAAUGAACAGUAUUAUAGAGCAAUAAAAUAGCGAACCUUAAAAGAUGGUUGAAAACUAAAAACUAGAAUCAUUCCCAGAAUUUUUAAAUCUAUAAAUUUAAGCCAAUGACGAAGAAGAAAGGAAAUAAAUGAAACAUAAUCACAAUGAAAUUAAGUCUUUAAAAAGUAGUAGUUUUUAAAAUUUAAAAGAAAUAGAUCUUUAACAAGGUUAAGAAAACAAAAUAGAAGAUAAUGAUAAGGAUUAAAUGAAUUAAGCAGAGAAUAAAAUGCAAGAAUAAAACAUAGACUGUGACAAGUAAGAAAAUGAAAAUGAAAAUGAACCAUAAUAACAAAGAAAAAGACUUUCAAGAAGAGAUACUAAUGCUCAAAAUUAAAUCCAGAAUGAUAUUUAAGAAGAAUAUGAAAAGUGGCAAUUAGAACUAGAAGUUUAAGAAGAAUUUGUCUCUAAGAUAAUUCAAAACAUCUUGAUAAAUAACAUGACAAUAUUACUUUUUCUUAUUUUUGUUUAGAUUGCCUACUGCUUUGAUAUUUCUUUAUCCUUUUCUGUUUCUUUUCUCAUUUUAAUAGAUGUUGUAAGCAUUAUUUACAAGGCCAAUCAAAAUCUAACAAUAUAAGAACCAAUCAAGUAAAGUUUUUCAAUAUAUUGUUUCUUUAUCAAACAUUCAUUCAUAAAUGCAUGA